AAGCUUGCAUGAGAUCAAGAGAGGGAGGGAGAGAGAGAGAGAGAGAGAGAGAGAGAGAGAGAGAGAGUGAGCGAGCGAGACGCGUUCACUCCGAUCUCUCCUAUCUCCCGGCGUCUAAGAGAAAAGGGAGAAUUUUUACAGAACACCGGCGAGCAGACGAGGACAAGGACAACUGUGAGGAUUAUUUCCUGUAAAAACAACACCUCGCCUUGUGGAUACUGUGCAUCUGUGGAGUGUGUGAGUGUAUGUGUGUGUGUGUGUGUGUGUGUGUGUUCCCCGUCCUGAAGUUAUACAGGAUGCGAGCGGGGGAUGAACAGAACGCGGCGCGGCAGGAUCCUUCGAGGCAGGAACGCCAGCGCUGCUUCUAACCACUGACGAGCGCAUCACUGAGGACCGCUCUCUCUCUUUCCUCAUUUCUCUCUCUCUCUCUUUACCCUUCUCAGUCCUUUUUCCUCUUUUUAUCUCUCCUUCAUUUGAAUCUUCAAAGAACAUCACGGAAUACAGCAGACGGACAAGGGGAAAGAUUCAUCACACGAUCUUAAAGAGGACACAAAACCAGGAUUUUACUGAUAAGACAAAAUCGAGAGCGGAUCUCAGAAGACUUUGAGAUUUUUAGCCAGGGCUCUGCUUGCUUUUCAUCCUGGGUUUGGAUGUUGUGUGGAACCUCGGAAAAGCUUCUGCAGGAAACGGACCUGAACUCUGAUGCUCGCGCUGCAGCGACUGUGAUGACAGUUCGGGUUCUUCGUCCGACACAUGAUCGACUGGAGUGCUUCUCAAACCACGUGGUGAGGAUCUGAGGAACAGAGGAAGGAGCAGGAAAUUACACCAGGAGGUUUAAAAACUGACCUUGAGGAAGAUCAAGAUUUUUACUGAGCAGGAAAUUACGUCAUGGCUGAAAGGAAAAUCGUUUCUCUAUGUGAAUCUCGUGUUUAACGGAGGUAAUAAUCACACGAGCCGUGACAGUAUGGUGGACUGCCUGAGUCGAGUCAUGUUGCACACAGCUAUACCUUGCUGGCAGCCAUUGCUGGGACUGGCACUGGUGGCCGUCUUCUUAGGCUCUGCCCUUGCCUGCCCUUCCCGGUGUGAGUGCUCUGCCCAGAGUCGCUCCGUCAUCUGCCAUCGGAAACGUUACCCGACCAUACCAGAUGGCAUUCCCAUUGAAACACGUAUCCUGGACCUCAGCAAGAACCGCAUCCAGGCCAUCAAUCCAGACGACUUCUCUGUCUACCCGCAUAUCGAAGAGUUGGACCUAAGUGGCAAUAUCAUUGCAUAUGUAGAACCAGGUGCUUUCAACUUACUCACUAGUUUACACUCGCUCAGUUUGAAGAGCAACCGCAUCAAGCUUCUGUCGCUGGGCGUAUUCUCUGGGCUUUCGAACCUCACAACGCUCGACAUUAGUGACAAUAAGAUUGUCAUUCUGGUCGAUUAUAUGUUCCAGGAUUUGCAUAAUCUCAAGUCAUUAGAUGUAGGGGACAACGAGCUGGUGUACAUCUCACACCGAGCAUUCAAUGGCCUGAUUUCACUGGAGACUCUAACACUGGAGCGCUGUAACCUGACCAUGGUGCCGACGGACGCCCUGUCCCACCUUCACAACCUGGUGAGCUUGCAUAUGCGCUACCUCAGCAUCAGUACCCUCCAACCUUACUCCUUCAAGAAACUAUUCCGCUUGCGUCACCUGGAGAUCGACAACUGGCCUUCACUGGAUGUUUUCCCAGGCAACACAUUGCAUGGUCUCAACCUCACCACACUUUCUGUCACCAACACCAACCUUUCCACAUUUCCCUACCAAGCCCUGCGCCACAUGCCUUACCUUAUGCACCUGAACCUGUCCCACAGCCACAUCCGUACCGUGGAAGGAGGUCUGCUUCAGGACCUGGUGCGUCUCCGUGAAUUGAGAUUAGCAGCCGCCCAGCUAGUGUCUUUGGAGCCAUAUGCUUUCCAGGGUCUACGUUGGCUUAGACUUCUUGAUGUGUCCCAUAAUAGACUAGACACUUUGGAGAAGAGUGUGUUCCAUGCUCCAGAGUCCCUAGAAGUGUUGCUCAUCCACGACAAUCCUCUUGUGUGUGACUGUCGGCUCAUGUGGCUGCUGCAGAAGCGGCACUCUAUCUCAUUUGGAGAAGAGCAACCUGAAUGCAACACUCCUGAGGGAAUCCGUGGGCGCCCGUUCAAAGAAGUCAAGGAAACCCUGUUGUCCUACUAUGUGACCUGCACCAAGCCCAAGAUACGAGAGAACCGGACACAGCUCGUGUCGGUAGAGGAAGGGCAACCUGCCCAGCUACACUGCAGUGCUGAAGGGACUCCUCGCCCCACCAUUUCCUGGGUCACACCACGCCGGAGACAUCUAACCAACAGGAGUCACGGAAGAGUAAUGGUGCACAACAAUGGCUCGCUGUAUAUCAAAUCAGUGGAGCUUCAAGAUGGUGGCGUGUACGUAUGCGUGGCCUCCAACACCGCGGGAAACGACACCCUAAUGGUGUCCUUGGCCGUCAAAAGUCUGGGCUCGCUCUAUGCUAAUAGGACCCAGUACUACAUAGAUCCUAACAGUACUACUGCCAACAGCACCAAUUCCCCCAACACAACCUUUGGUCUGGACCUAAAGACCAUCCUGGUUUCUACAGCCAUGGGUUGUUUCACAUUCCUUGGUGUUGUCCUGUUCUGUUUUCUGCUUCUGUUUGUAUGGAGUCGGGGGAAAGGAAAGCACAAAAAUAACAUUGAUGUAGAGUAUGUGCCACGCUCCAAGUCCAAUGGCGCUUCGCCCGAGGAAGCAGAACAGACCUCUGGACCUCGACGCUUUAACAUGAAAAUGAUUUGAGUGGAUUUAAUGGGAUGCCAGUGGGAAUUUAUGCACACAGACCCAUUAAUGGGACCGGCCAUGUCAGGACGUACACGUGCCCUCGACACAACACCCAUGCGGAUGUUUUCCUGAACUAUAAUGGGAGGAAAAUGCGUGAAAGUGUGUGUCAGUAAUGAACUAUUUUCAAUUUAUAUGAAUCCCUCUUAGUAAGAGGAUGCAUUCAAAGACACUUUUAAAAAAAUUGUGUACAGAACAGAUUUGUAAAAUUCAAGUAUUACCCUUAUUUGUUGGCUCGCAAAAUUUGGCCUUCUCACUUCUACAGCGUAACGAACCAUAAAACUGAUUCCCUUCUCCACUGCACCACAUAUAUGUACGUAAUACUUAAUUAUGUAUGUGUAUGUUAACAUGUAAGUCACCUUCUUUUACUCGCAAUAUUCACAAGAUGCAAUCUCAGCCAAUUUUGCCAUUCCUUUUGCUGUCGGAGAACAUACGUCCCUCUCCUGAAACUGUUCGUGAACCAAGGACAGAGGGCUUGGGUGGCUUUCAAACGUUAACCCGAAAAAUGUGUGUGCUGUUGAUCUAACCCCAAAUUAUACAGUAAUGCUAUAUUUGUUUAUAAUAUUGAAAAAGGUUAAAAAUAUAUAGAAGUUAUUAAUUUAAAAAAAAUGCCCAUUGAAUUCAAACUGCAUAAUAAAGGUGAAUAAGUGGAUAUUUCAAAGUAAUUUAAAAACGUACACUGAGUUGUCUUUUUAUUAUUGUCUAUGUUGGUUUAUCUAAUAAAUUUGCACCUCAGUGUAUAGUCAGUGUAUUACACACACUGAGCUGACCAUUUAUUAGAUAUCUAGGAACAAAAAAACUGCCGACUCAGUGUAACGACUUUUUAAUCGACAUUUUUUUCUGCAUAGUUCGUUUGCGGUUUACAUGGACUAGGUUUUCUGUCCUAAUUUUGUCUUUCUUUUAAACUUGAUGCUAACCUGAUGACAAAGUCCAUGUCCUCAUCCACAAUGUAAUCAUCUGAAUUAUUUUUUUACCCUUAUUUUUUAUUA